AUGUUUGGCGCUGCCCUGAGCGCCUGUGACCGUGGCAAGCAGUGGCCUUUGGCCCUCGCAGUCUUGGAGCAAAUGGAGGUGGAAAAAGUGGUGCCGGGGCAAAUCGCCUGCAAUUCUGUGGUUAGCGCCUGCGAACGGCUGGGACGAUGGCAAUUUGCCAUGGCGGUGAUGGAGAAAAUGCAGCUGCAGGAGGUGGAGAUGGAUACCAUCACCUUCUGCACAGCCAUUUGCGCCUGCGCCAAGGGACGGGCUUGGUCCAAGGUGCUGCAGCUGUGGCAGGCCAUGUCCACGGCCUCGGUUCCGCGGAACGUCAUCCUCUGCAGUGCCACCAUCAACGCCUGCGCCAAGGGCAGCCUGUGGCCCCUGGCGUUGAAGGUCUUGGGCUCCAUGCCCAGCAGCAAGGUGGAGCAAAACACGAUCACUUUCAAUGCGGCCAUUUCUGCUUGUGAACGCGGUUCCCAAUGGCCCCUGGCACUGGAACUCCUCUUCCGAGAGAUGCCACGGAUCGCGAUACCUCGGAACAUCAUCACCUACAGCGCCGUCAUCAGUGCUUGCGAAAAGGCUGGGGAAUGGCGCAGUGCUUUGCAGAUUUUGACCGAGAUGCGCCGCAUGGAAGUGCAAGCAGAUACCAUCGCAUGUAGUGCUGCCAUCAGUGCUUGUGAAAAGGCGGCGCAGUGGGAAGUCGCCUUGCAGCUCCUGGAGGACAUGCGCCCGCUGGAUGUGUCUGGCAUCACCUACUCAGCCACCAUUUCAGCCUGUGAGAAAGCACAGCAAUGGCAGGUGGCCUGUGAAGUGUUUCUUCGCAGCGGCCUUCCCCUGGAAAGUGUUCCCUUUGCUGCUUGCAUUGCGGCCUGCUCGCGGAGCGGACGAUGGCUAGUGGCGGAGGCGCUGUUAGAGGAGAUGAGCCUCCGAGCCGUGCCCAAGGAUAAGAUCGCCUGCACAGCUGCCAUCGCCAGUUGCGCCAACGGUCACCACUGGCGUGGCGCGCUGCGACUGCUGCGCGACAUGCCCUUGGUGCACCUGGCAGAGCCAGACGUGUCCAGCUUCAGCAGCGCCUUGAGCGCCUGUCAGUUGGCCGGGCGGUGGCUGGAAGCCACAGAGCUGCUACAGCAGAUGAGGUCGCUGGAAAUGCCGGUGGACGGCAUCCACCUGGGCUGCGUGGUGGGUGCCCUGCAGCUCUCGCAGGGCCCUUCCGCGGCGGCCGCAUGGCUGCGCGGAAGCUUCGAUGGCGGGACGCGGCCGACGCUGCCGGCCGUCGCCGUAGGAGGAGAGGUGGAAGGCUGCAGCGUGCUUUCAGUAUCUCCUGGCUUGCUGGUGCUGGACAAAGCCGCGGGGCUGGUGACGGAGCAGCUGCAAGCAGCGGUGGAACGUCACCUGGGCUGUGCCACCACCAGCGUCUCGCGCUUGGAUCGACCGACCUCGGGAGUCCUGCCAGUGGUGUUGGGCCAGCGGAUGGCCCAAAGCACCAUGUGGUUCCAGUCACAAUUUGCGGGGCGCCUGGUGGAAAAGGAAUACCUUUGUCUUUGCGAAGCGGACUCCACGGUCUCCGCCGUCGAUGGACGGCAGAUGAUUUCGUCACCUCUAAGAGUCCUCAGCGAAGGAUCCCUGUCCUCCAAAUCUUACGUGGAUGAAGACAAGGGUCGCGAAGCUGUCACCUUCUACCAGGUGCUGAAGACCUAUGAAGCCCCGGGAGCGUCUUCAACGUUGCUCUUGGUGAAGGCCGAACCCAGAACCGGAAGAAUGCAUCAAAUCAGAGCUCAUUUGGCCAGCAUCGGCCUCCCCCUAGUGGGUGACUGCUGUUGGGAUGGGAUCAGCAGCCUCUUGAAAUCCAUUCGCCACUGGCUCCCGAGCUCCAAGCAGCUCUGGAGCAGCUCGAGGCGCCGCGAGGCGCAAAAGCCACUGCCUAGUCUUCCCACGCCAUGUUGCCAUCCCAUGGCGCUUGUUGCGGAGCCACCAGCGGUGGUACCGGCACCGCACCAGCAGCUGUACAGCUUGACGCGGUCGUCGGCAUGGCAAGAGGUGCUGCAGAUGUGGUGCCGCUUCCAAAACCGAGCAGUGGAAACGAAUAUUCGCAUGUACAAUUCCGUCUUAAGCGCCUGUGGCAAGUCGCAAUGGCAACGGAUUCAGCUCCUCCUGUCAUCGUCGCUGGAUGCCACCACUGUCACCUACAACACCGCCCUAUCGGCAGACAGUACCUGGCGCCAAGCGGCGGCAUACGUCGGGAACGCGCAGGAGAGGGGACUGCAGCUGGACAUCAUCACUUUGAACAGCUUGAUCAGCAACAACACUGUGAAAGCUUGGUUGAAGGCUUUGGAACUCUUGGGCAGCGGAGUUGAGAGCAAUCUGCAGAAAGAUUUGAUCACCUUUAACGUCACUAUGAGGGGCUGCCAGUGGUUCUGGGCUGAAGCAUUGCUGGAAGAUGCCAAGGAGAAUCAGCUGCUGCCGGAUCUUGUCUCUUAUAACACGGCGAUCUCUGCUUUGGAGGAUGUUUCAAGGUGGCGUGGAAUUUUCGGCCUUCUGCAGGAGAUGCAGCAGGUGAUGUUGCGAGGCGACUCCAUCACUCAGUUCAUGCUGAUGGGAGCACUCAACAUUCCAAAGGAGGAUGAAAGCGGCACCUCGCAGUGGCCUCGUUGCCUCUCCUCGUUGCGGUGUUUUCGCGUCGCAAAAACUCCGCCGCUGGCGAAUCGUGCCCUGGCGGCCUUGACGGCCGGCAAAGCCGGAUGGGAAGAGGCGCUGCUUUUGACGGCGGAGAUGGAGGGAAGUGCCAUGGAGCUGGAUGUGGUGACCUGCAACUCGUUGAUCAAGGCCUACAACUCGUGGCACGCCUGGCCCGCCACGCUGCAGACGCUCUCGGAGAUGUCGAUGCGCAACCUGCGGUGUGAUCUGGUCACCUACAACGAGUUGUUGACGCAACGCUGGGCUUUGGCGGGCUGGAGCUUCGCUGAGCUUCAGCGCUGGCAACUGGAGAGCGAUCUCAUCCUGUUCAACGCUGCCAUCUCCAGCAGCAACCGCUGGGACGCUGCUAUCAGUGUUUUUCAAGAGCUGCGGAUGGAGAAAUUCGAGGCUGAUCGCAUCAGCUACAACUCCGUGACGGGGAAAAUGACAUCGUGGCAGCACGCCAUGGCCUUCCAAGCGCGUUCUGGCAUUGACAGCUGCAAUAGUAUGCUGAGUGCCUAUGAACGGGAAAGCGAAUGGCACAGAGCCUUUCAUCUCUUAGCGCAACAAGAUGUCCAGCGGGCGGCUGCAGAUGUCGUUUCCUGCAAUACGGUCAUGAGUGCCUGUGAGAAGUCUCAGCACUGGGCCCUUUGCUUCACCAUCUUCGAGACGAGGGAGUCGGAUGUGGUGUCCUAUGGGAGCAUGAUGAGUGCGUGUGAAGCCGCGGGAAGGUGGCAGGAGAGUUUGUUUCUAUUGGAGCAGCUGGACGGCUUGCGGUUUCAGAGCAAUGUGGUCAUUUGCAACUCUGCCAUCAGCACUUGCGAAAAAGCCUCGUUGUGGCAACAUGCCUUGUCGCUCUGGGCCUCCUUUCCGAUACGUCGUGUAGUUGCAGAUGUGAUCUCUUAUAGUGCCACCAGCAGCGCCUGCGAAAAGUGCGGUCGCUGGGAGCUGGCGCUGCAGCUCUUCUCGGAGCUCAGCGCAGCGCAGCUGGAGGCGGACUCGAUCCUUUUUGGCGCUUGCAUCUCUGCUUGCGAAAAGGGCAGCCAGUGGCUCGCUGCCAUCACUCUUCUGCGGAGCGCUGCGGACUGCACGAAUUUGGUCACAUACAACGCAGCAAUCAGCGCCUGUGAGAAGGGUCUUGCCUGGCGAAGUGCGCUGGCGCUCUUCGCUGAGCUCCAGGGGGAAGUUCAGGCGGAUGUCAUCAGCUACAACGUCACUGGGCGAAACUUGCAGGUGCUACGAUUGCUGGAAGAGUUGGAGGUCUCACACGGCAACGCAAGUGUCAUUGCCCUCAGCAAUGCCAUUCUUGCCUGCGACAGUCAGCAGCGCCCUGAAAUGCCACAGUUCUGCGGUUCGUUGCAUUCGGUCACUGCUGCGAUGCUGGCGAAUGCUGGCGAAGGAGCGACGGCUUUGAGCGCGCUGGGCGCGCUGAAACGACGCCAGCAAUGGCAGGAGGCCUUGGCGCUACUGGAGGAGCACGACCAGCACGGUGGAACAGUUCCCAUCAAGUCCUACAACACUGUCAUGGGUGCCUGUGCGAAGGCUCUCCAGUGGUCGGCAGCCCUGGCGAUGCUUCAGUCUCUGGGCACUGACGGCCUUGGUGGGGCCCUGCAGCCCGACGUCAUCAGUUUCAACAGCGCCAUGCGCGCCUGCGCGUGCGACGGCGCAUGGCCACGCAGCCUGACCUUGCUUGAGGAGUUGGAGAAGCAAAAGUUGCAGGCCGAUGUGGUCAGCUACAGCAGCGUCAUGGCAGCACUCCCGGGCGAGGCGUGGUACCUGGCGUUGGCGCUACUGCAGCGGAUGUUGCGGAGACGCGUGGAGGCAGACCUCGUUUGCUUCAACGCUGCCAUUGGUGCAUGUGCCAUCGCAUGGCUGCAAGCCAUAGCCGUGUUGGAAGAUCUGCAAGGACACUUGGGAGUGCAAGGGGCAGACACCAUUUCGUACAACGCUGUGCUUCAUGCCUUGGGGAAAGGUACCCAGUGGCAGCAGGCCUUCCAACUUCUCCAACUUCUCCAGCUCCAGCAGGUCGAAGCCAACCUGGUGACCUUCAACGCCAGCAUCAGUUGCCUCGAACGGGUCGCCAAAUGGACUGCCGCCCUGGGAGUGCUGCAGCAGAUUUCCCAAGAUGACCUGCAACCAGACGUCAUCAGUUUCAAUUCCAGCAUCAGCCAGUCCAGCUGGCCGUAUGCACUGGUCCUGCUUGGCGACCUGGAGGAGAAGCUGCUUGUGGAUCACUUCAGCUAUGCGGUGACCAUGCGCUCCCUGACCCUCUCCUGGACCUGGGCUUUUGGCUGCAUGGAGCGGCUCCAACUUCAAAGGCUUCGGCCCAAUGCAGUGGUGCAUAACACCCUGCAGGGUGCCAUGGCUUCCAGCACCCUGUGGUCCCAUGCUCUUCACGUCUUGGGCAGCGCGGAUGGAGCGGAUGCGUUGAUGGCACUCAGCACGUUGCUGGGAGGACUGGAAGAGCGAUGGGAGAUGGCCAUGGGGAUGCUGCGCGAUUCGCAGACGGCCGCCUUGGUCCCCGACGUGGUCUGCAUCGGCUCCGCCCUGGGCGUGGCGGCCGCGGCCUGGCGCCAGGCGUUGGACGUGCUGCGGGGGAUUCAGCUGGACUCUGUGCAACAGAACAUGGUCAUCAUCAACACUGUCAUCAGUGCCAUGCGAAAUCACUGGCAGCGAGCUCUCGCUCUUCUUCGAGAAGCUUUGAAACUGUCCAUGGAAGCAGACUUGGUCGCCUACAACGCCACGGUGACGUCCUGCGAGAAGGGCUGCCGCUGGGUGGAGGCGCUGCUGUUGCUUCGAGAGGUGAAAGAUGUGAAGCUCACAGCCGAUGUGAUCACCUAUAGUGCGGCCAUGAGCGCUUGUAAUCAAGCAGACCAAUGGCAGAUCACCCUAAGUCUUUUUGCGGAGCUCGGAGACCUUCGUCUCCGCCCGAGUUCUGUGGCCAUCAAUGCGGCCAUCAACGGCCUGGGGAAGGGCAAGCAAUGGACCCAGGCAAUCCAGAGCUUUGAAGCGAUGCAACAGGGCCGCGUGGCUCCAGAUGUGCUCACCUUCCACGUGGCUUCCAGCGCUUGCAACGCUGCUGCGAAGUGGCGCCAGGGAGCCGCGGUGCUGCGCCAGCUGCACAAAACGGUGAGAUGCGAUUUGCUCACCUAUCAUGUGAGCAUGAGCGCAUCUGCUUCGGCCAGUUGGUGGCGACGUUCGUACCAGUCCCUAAGAGAGCUUCAAGACGCAGGUCUGCAAGCCGGCUCGGUGACGUUCAAUGUGGCGGUGGCGCCUUGUGAGCGGACGAGUCACUGGCAAGAUGCCCUGCACCUGGUUGCAGAAGCAGAGCAGCUGGAAGCUGACGUCAUCCUCUACAACGCCAGCAUCGCUGCUUGUCCCCCUUGGCACUGGCGCCACGGCCUGGCUUUGUUGGCCAAGGCUCAGGCCGUGUCUCUUGCCGACCUUGCGAGCUAUGCUGCUGUGAUGCAAGGUGCAGAUAUGGUGGCACCGCCGCCUCGGAUGAUGAAUGAGAUUGAUGACUUGGCCCAAGGGCUACUGCUGACUGAAUGGGAGAUGAAAAAACAGGGGCGACCAAAUUACCAGGAUGGAGUGAGAAAGGAUUGCUAUUGA